GCAUACACAGACACAGUCCAGACAGCAGCAGUCAUGGCGGAGUUCCUCGGCAAAGCUCUGGGUAACGAUGGGAUUGCUCGUGCUGCGGGACAGCAGGCCGGUAAGGUGGUGGAGGGUGCCGUGAAGAAGGCCAUGGGUGGAAACAAACAGCAGCAGGGUGAGCAGAAGAAGGAAGGAGGAGGAGGAGGAGGAGGAGGAGGAGGCGGAGGCGGAGGCGGAGGCUUCGGCGUGGGAGACAUCGUCAAACUGGCCGGUGGAAACAAGAAUGAGGAUCAAGGAGGAGGAGGCUUCGGCGUGGGAGACAUCGUCAAACUGGCCGGUGGAAACAAGAAUGAGGAUCAAGGAGGAGGUGUGGGGAACGCUCUCGGGGGGUUCUUUAAGUAGGAAGCCAGAGGUCCAGAUUCUCCUGCAGCCGCCUGAGAGGAAAGUGUCCAACCGAACUGCUUCUCUGAAAAUGUAUAUAUUCAUAUAUGUUUGUUUAAAGGAAAUCCUGAAUGAGAGAUCCUUUAUUGGGAAUACUUUAAAAUACGUGCUUCUGAAAUGUACACAAGGUAAAAAAUUAUGUGAAAAUUAAAUAAACUUGUUCAAAUAACA